CUCCGCAACUUCUGCUGCUGCCGCUGCCGCUGCCGCCCGGGCGCUCUCGGCCCAGCCGAGCGGCUGCUGCGAGCUGUGGAGCUGCCGGCGGAGCCCGGCCCGAGCUCCCUCGACUUCGCGUGUCCCGGGCGUCCGUCGGGGGCCGAGGUGCCUCCCGCAGGGAGUCCCCGUGAGGCCGCGCUCCCGCGUUAUCCGCAGCGGCCGGGGGUCCGGGGAGUGCGGGGCUCCGAGACCGAGCGGGGCGCCCCCCAGCGGUCGGCGCGGGCCCCAUGGCUGGGCCGGGCGGAGCGGAACCGGUGAGGUGAAGCCCCGGGGCCGGCAGCCGGAGCGCGUGGCGGGGGCGCCGGCUCCAUGGGCAGCGGCACACGGCGGCGCGAUGAUGGACGUUAACAGCAGCGGCCGCCCAGACCUCUACGGGCACCUCCGCUCUUUCCUUCUGCCAGAGGUGGGGCGCGGGCUGCCCGACCUGAGCCCCGACGGUGGCGCCGACCCGGUCGCGGGCUCCUGGGCGCCGCAACUGCUGAGCGAGGUGACAGCCAGCCCCGCGCCCACCUGGGACGCGCCCCCGGACAAUGCCUCCGGCUGUGGGGAACAGAUCAACUACGGCAGAGCCGAGAAAGUUGUGAUCGGCUCCAUCCUGACGCUCAUCACGCUGCUGACGAUCGCGGGCAACUGCCUAGUGGUGAUCUCCGUGUGCUUCGUCAAGAAGCUCCGCCAGCCCUCCAACUACCUGAUCGUGUCCCUGGCGCUGGCUGACCUCUCGGUGGCCGUGGCGGUCAUGCCCUUCGUCAGCGUCACCGACCUCAUCGGGGGCAAGUGGAUCUUUGGCCACUUUUUCUGUAACGUCUUCAUCGCCAUGGACGUCAUGUGCUGCACGGCCUCGAUCAUGACCCUGUGCGUGAUCAGCAUUGACAGGUACCUUGGAAUCACAAGGCCCCUCACCUACCCUGUGAGGCAAAAUGGGAAAUGCAUGGCGAAGAUGAUUCUCUCCGUCUGGCUUCUCUCUGCCUCCAUCACUUUACCUCCGCUCUUUGGAUGGGCUCAGAAUGUAAAUGACGAUAAGGUGUGCUUGAUCAGCCAGGACUUUGGCUACACGAUUUACUCGACCGCCGUGGCGUUUUAUAUCCCCAUGUCCGUCAUGCUUUUCAUGUACUACCAGAUUUACAAGGCUGCCAGGAAGAGUGCUGCCAAACACAAAUUCCCUGGCUUCCCUCGAGUGGAGCCAGACAGCGUCAUCGCCCUGAAUGGCAUAGUGAAGCUCCAGAAGGAGGUGGAAGAGUGUGCAAACCUUUCGAGACUCCUCAAGCAUGAAAGGAAAAACAUCUCCAUCUUUAAGCGGGAACAGAAAGCAGCCACCACCCUGGGGAUCAUCGUCGGGGCCUUUACCGUGUGCUGGCUGCCAUUUUUCCUCCUCUCGACAGCCAGACCCUUCAUCUGUGGCACUUCCUGCAGCUGCAUCCCACUGUGGGUAGAGAGGACAUUUCUGUGGCUAGGCUAUGCAAACUCUCUCAUUAACCCUUUUAUAUAUGCCUUCUUCAACCGGGACCUGAGGACCACCUAUCGCAGCCUGCUUCAGUGCCAGUACCGGAAUAUCAACCGGAAGCUCUCAGCUGCAGGCAUGCAUGAAGCCCUGAAGCUUGCUGAGAGGCCAGAGAGAGCUGAGUUUGUGCUGUAAGACAAAACGCUGACUACUGUAGAAAAAAAGGUCAUGAUUCAUGAUCGAAAGCAGAACAAUGGAGAUGAAAUAAACAAGGCAAAUUAGAGGUGGAAACAGAAGGAAGUCAUUUGCUGAGACUGCAGAAUGGAAUGCGACUUCUCUCCUUUCUUGGGAUGUCUAAAACGUGACAAACAGGGUGAUCUGUUGUACACAUUACCUUACAAGGGAGAUGGUGACUUCUCCUUUUUUCUGUGGAUCAGUGCUAUUGUGUGUUCUCAGUUUAAGAUAGCAGAUCAUCUCAGCAGUAAGCACACCGACAGAACUGAGUUCCACAAAGGAAGCAGUUUCUGGUGCUUUGCAUAUGUCCAAAUCCAUGCAAGUGGGAGAAAGUUCCAAUGCACACUUCCCAUGCUUCUGAGUCUAGGUGUUGUGGUGAAUAUGCAGGAAUCAUUCCUGAGACAGAAUGUAUUUUGUUGUAUGACAGAAGGCUUUUCCAAGCAAACUGCAGUGAGUGUAGUGUUGAAUAUGUUGCAUGUCUAUGUUAGAAAACAGAAUCCAGUCAUCAGCUAAUACAGAUGAUUUCCCAGAGCAGUGUUUGUUUCAAGCUUCUGUCAAAUAGUUUGGCUUUUCUGCAGGGUCUCUGUGAUUUCCCCACCAAUGUACUUUCUUUGUUAACUCACUUAUUAUGGUAUAACUCAGGAACAGGUCUCAGGAUGGAGAGAAGCAUAUAACUUGAGCAAAGCUUUUUCUUGUGCUCUGAAGGGUCUUGAGAGGUGAGGGUGAUGCCUUCUGUGAGGAUUUUUAUCGCAGUGAAGCUCAAGUGGUACCCAACUGCAUUGUAAUUAACAUGAUUAUUGGCAUGUUUUUGACUCUCAUUUUCUACCAGGCUGCAGUGGGCCCACCCAUGGGCUGGCUCAUAACUGUAUGUUAUGUGGAAGAAGUGUGGGAAUGAUGGGUUUUCCAUGAAAUGUUGUGAUGCUUCUGGAGAUGGGGCAUAAACAUGUUCAUUCUUGUAGAGCUGCACUGUAUUAAACCAAAUUGUGUGAAGCAAGGUCACCUGGACCACUCUUGGGAAAUGCUUCAGAACCCCAGUCUGUUCCUUCUAGAGAAUUUGUUUUUGUGUUCUCUGUAUCUUAAAUCAAAUGUGUGCCUAAGCAAUUCUGUCCUCUGAUUCCCACCCCUACCCACCAAAAAAUGGUAGACAUGAAGGGCAGGUAAGGAAACAGAAAAGGUCUCUUUGCGGAUAUAUAUUUUUUAAAUGGCACUAUGUAGCAAUUAAGAGCUAAGGAGACAGAAAGACAGCAGAUGAGAAUAGAAGAGUACCUGUACCUACAAGGGGAAAAAUGAAUGCAAUUCUUUAUUUGAUAAGAGAGAACUGAAAGAUAUUAUUAUUUUCCUACAAUAAAGCAAGCUGUCCUGUCACAGGAUAAAGUGGAAUUCCGACAUGGAUUAUGGACUUCUUCUAACUCCCAUUGACAUUGCUUCUUACCAGACAUGGGGAAGAGUUGCCUUUCCUGAAAGGGGAGGAGGGCACUGUCCUUUCAGACAAAGCUUGUAUAAAUUCCUGAACCGCAAAUUUGCUAAAGUGACCGUAUAUAUUAUAUUCAUAAUUUAAAUGAUUAUUUAUGGUCAGAUACAUAUUGUUAAACUUGAAAAUGUUUUAUUACAUUACAUCAAAUAAAGUUUAUUUGUAGCUGAAAUAAAGCAAUGUAAGUAAAAAUUUUUAAUUAAAGGUCUUAUGUCAUACAUGUUGCUGUCUGUAGAAUGACUGAAGGGCAAACACUUUACAUGUUUGCUAAAAUCCUAACAGGUAGCUAAGACAGCUCUGGAUUCAAUUACAUUUCACUGUGAGGAUUCAUUGCCUUAGUGACUUUAUUUUUAUAAAACAAUGCCUGUUCAUUACUUGAUCUGAUGAAUGAGCAUUGUUUGGGCUCCUGGCACACUUGGCAUUGCUGGCAUCGAGGGGACAAAGAUGGGUAUGACACAGUCCUUGCUUUUAAGAGUUUGCCAUCAGGUAGAUGGCAAACAUGUCUCGGUUUGUCACAAUGUAGUAUAGUAAGUGCUAUAGCAGGUUUUAGGGAGUGACUUUUUCUUUCCUGUAGUGUAAGACAGGGCACUAUGGUUAGUUGGAUUGAUUCAAGUUUUCAGAUGUGUUGUUUAAUUUUUUAUGAAGACUUUCGUGAUUCAAAUUGACUCUUUAUCCUGCCUGACUUGAAUGCCUGACUGUUGACCUCUCUGCUUCAUUCUGGCUACAAAGGCUGAGCUUCAUAUGUAUACUGUACUUUAAAUAUAUGGCAGCAAAUGAAAGGCAAAGGUAGAAAUGGCAAAGGGAUGAGAAAAAUAAAUCAUUAAUACAGUUUCACAUAUGACAUAAUUUGUGUCAAAGACACAGCUUUUGUUUUAACUAAGAACUGGAAAAAUCAUUGAAAUGAACAUUUUGUAUAUAAUGACUGUUCAAGCAAGAAGGACUAUUCCUCUUCUCACUCUAGGGUAUCAGCUGUCAUUUUCUGGCAAGGUUGAGUACUGGGAAACCAUGCUUGAGAAGUAAAUCACUUACUUGUAAGAGAUAACUGAGUCACUGUUGCCUUAGCAUUUAGUUUUAUUCUGUAAAUAUGAAACAGGAGACACUCAGAGUUCCUAGGUUUUCUAGCAACUGUUUCAUAACUGAAAGCAUUGAUUAUAUUGUCAUGGGCUUGAUAUGCUUAUGCAUGUAUUUGAUGAUCAUAUUUUCAUGUAGUUUUAUUAGGUUCAUUGAUUGCAGGCAGUGGGUCAAAAUAUGAAUGGAAAAUGCAGGCAAUUUUUUCAAAUAGUUUAUGCUAAUAUAAUAAGUGUCUGAUUUACCAUCUAGAGAUAAUGGGAAUUUCCCUUUCAGCAUUUUCAUUGUCAAUUGAGUUUUCAAUUUAAUGGCUAUAAGUGUUUCUAAAUAUUGGAGUCUUGAAAAGUUGUUCAUGCUCCUUUUGAUAUCACACAUGUUUUCCCUCUUGGUUUGCGAUAUUCUUCCUGAUCUCAUUUAUUUGAUGUAUGUCUCCAUUAUUGUCCAGUAAAUCUUCAAGGGUAGGGACCACGUCUGUUUUUCUCAACAAUAUGCCCAUUACCUAGCACCAUGCUGGGAACAGAUAUAUGGUAGGCCCAUAAUGGAUAUAUCUUAAUGAGAAGGAUAGAGGGAAGGAGAGAAAGGCAAGAGUUCACUGGCACCUUUAAAAAAAUGUUUAUAUGAGGAAACAGAGAAGACUUGCCAUGAUCCAGCAACAUGCCCAGUGAAUGGAAGAGAAGGAAAUGGAAUUAAGCUAUUCUGUGUGCCCCUUAGGUCAGGCCCUCCACUACAUGGUCCUGCUUCUCUUGCAUGAGUUAGCUACUCAUAUCAUGAGAGCAUCCUUUUCUUAAUUUUCUGCACUAGUGAAGCAGAGCCAUGUAUGUGCUAUGGCCCAUAUGUUGAAACUUGUUUAUCUACAGCUAGCCAGAUGGUCUGUAACAGCGCACAAAGAAGCCAUUUGGAAACUUUCAGAGGGUCAGCACGUUUUGAAAACAACUCAGAGUAAUGCAUAUUGUGAUGUCAUUGCUUGCUUUAAGCUUACAGUGAGGAAUAUCUUGUUAGGUACUGAAUAUGAAACAUGCAGACUUUGAGAACCAACUCAGAGGUUCUAGCCCCCAGAGAUAGAAAUUUAUUUAAUUGGAUCACCCUUUAGACUUGUUUUGUCUGCAUGUUCUCUGAAAAAGGAAUAUAAUGUCUUAAUUUAAAAUACUUUGCUUUGUAAGUUGCUGCUGGGUUAAAUACAUUUUUUUAAAGAAAACCUGCUUAUGCGGUACAUGUUAACAGAGAUAUGAUGUGGUCAUCAGUACAAAUGUAAAA